AUAACAGCCAAUCAAAAGGCAAUGGUAGUACUGACAUUCACUCUCUAAACGGAGAACCUGUGGACAAUAUAAACCAAUUAGAAAAGCAGCAUACAGUUCACCGGAUGUACACAUUAACCACUUCCGCUUACAAUAAGGAUGGAGUCAAAGUGCAAUACGAUUGUCUCCAUGGCAACAACAGAUAUGAACAUGUACUGAAUAUGACAAUUGAAUCAUUUGAGUAUAUUGCCAACACCAAUAAUGUUCACCAGUUAGUUAACAAUGUCAACAAAGAAGAUCUAUUUUCAAUGACAUUUAGAAAUUUUACAGAGAUUCCUCAGUGUGCAGUGAUGUAUGGGCCAGCAGAUCAUUCCAAAGAACUAAAAUCAACCCCCGAUUCACCAGGUCAAGCUUACAGAAUAUACCUUCCCGAAACAGCCAUCAAAUCAAAGUGCCCGAACGUACUGACAGUCACGUGUGAUAUAGGAGAAAGCAAAAUAGUAAAUACUCUACGACCAGCUAACGAUGAUUGUCUGCCGCAUACAGCAAAACACGCUGGUCAAGGACUUCAGGGACAAGAAAAAGACCAGACAAUUGGACACUUUGGACUGGGGAUAUUUAUAGUAGUAUCAAUAGUGUUCGUUGGUGGUUUUAUUCUUGGGAUCAUCAUCAAGGAAUGUAAUAAAUGCAGAGGAUUAAGAUAAAUCAGAAAUUUAACAUUCAAGGCAGCUUUUCAAAUUGACAUUUUGCUUACAAUGAGACAAUGUAACUUCAAUAGAACAUUUAUUAUUGAGAUAUAGAAUACAUUGCAAAAUUUAGUAUUACUUCAACGGAGCACAUUUAUAUAAAAAGCACCAUGCCUUUUCGAUCAAAUCAAGUUUUACCAUUUUAGGAACUGAUGCAACAAAUAGAAAAUGUCAAAAGCUAAAACAUUCACACUCCGUCCAUACAUCAGUGUAGAACCAUUAUCAUUACAAUUUUUAUUUUAUUGCUUGGCGUCAGUCGUCAUCGUGCGAUGUCAGUUUGUCCGUCGUUGUAAACUUUAAUUUACAAUCUUUAUCUCCAAAACAGCCGGGCGAACUGUUAUCAAACUUUUAUAUUGGAUAUUGUUGAAAAGUUGUCCCCUGGUACUUAGUGUAUUAACACUCAAUGUCACUAUGCUAAAAUAAAACAAAGGGGUUAACUGCAAUUUAUGGCUUAUAUCAACAGUUAGAGAACCAUUUUAGUUGUCUUUAUUUUGUACUGAAAUCAUGAGGAAAAUAGAGAAAAAUUGUCAAGUCAAUAACAAUUUUAAGCAAAAUAAUAUCUACAAAAAGGCCAAUAUGUCCGAUAUCAUGACAUUAGCUGGUUGUUUGAAAUUGAACAUCAAAAUUGAUUAGCAACACAAGAUCUACAAGACUGCAAAAUGAACGAAAAUUUUUGUUACAUUGGAACUCUUUAUAGAGGUUAUUGGCCUUAAUUGAAGUUUACUUAUUUCCAAUUUUGUCUCUUAUGUUGAAAUCUAAUGUCUAUUAAAGGUGCGUAGACACUACACACAGCCAAACAUAGAUCGGGCUCUUUGAAGUUUCACGUUAUUAGUUAUAUAAUUGCUUAUUUUUUCUUUACUGAUAUCAGUA